UGGCUCCGGCCGGAUCGGCAUACCGCCUCAGAGGUGGCGGAGAAAGUGGCGGUCGACCGUUUCCUGAGGGCGCUACCCCGGGCAGAGAGACAGGCCGUGGGGGCACACGCCCCAACUACGCCCCAGGAACUCCUAACUGUCCUGGAGCGAACCUUGGCCACCCUGGAGCUCGACCCCGGGGAGCAGCAGCACCUCGAUCGGCCCCCCGGUGCCCCGGGCCCCCGGUCCGACCGCCAGACCCGGCCCCGCACCUGGAGGAACCCCCAGAGGGCGCCCACUUGUGAACACCCCCGAGACGAGCCCAUGCCUACAGAGCCGGAGAGGGAAGCCGCCCGGCUGCUUUCAAAACCAUGGCUGGCAGGUUGCGCCCUCCAUCAGCAGCAACCGCCGGAGGCACCCUCCUUGACGGUGUGGGUCGAAGGGAGACCGGUAACCGCCCUGCUGGACACCGGGAGCACGGUGACCCUCGCCCGGCCCUCCAUCCUGCCUGAGGAGCGCCACCCAAGGGGGACGCUCACCGUGACCUGUGUCCAUGGGGACACCCGGGAAGUCCCCUCAGCCGAGGUCCAGAUCCGGGGCGAAGCCGGCACCUGGCCCCUCCAGGUCGGAAUCGUCCCCGAACUCCCCGUGCCCCUCCUCCUGGGACGAGACUGGCCAGGACUCCUGGUGGUACCGAGAGCCGAGCCCCGGAGAUUGCGGCGACGUACGAAGGGGACCCCGGCCCGGCCGGCCUACCUAGCCCAGGACGACGGAGAGGCCACCACGGAAGGUAAGACCCCCCAAGCUACUAACCCUCUGUCAUCUAUCUUUCCCCAGGUGAACCGAGAGGGGAAGUUCGGCCAGGAGCAGAAGGAGGACGACCGGCUGAAGCACUGCUGGGCUCAGGUACGGGUGAUAGAGGGGGUCGACCAGAGUCCAGAUCUGAGGCUCCCCACAUCGUACUUCCUCGUCCGAGGGGGGCUCCUCUACCAACGGGCCUGCCGCCGCGGGGAGCAGGUGGACCUACUGGUGGUGCCCCGACCCAAGACGGCCGUCUUAUUGCACCUAGCCCACACCCAUCCACUCGGCGGCCACCUGGGGGCCCGAAAUACCUUGGAGAAGCUGCGGGACCGCUUCGUGUGGCCCGGGAUGGAUGCGGAGGUCCGGGCCUUUUGCCAACAGUGCCCGCAGUGCCAGCGCACGGCCCCGCGGGGGCCCCCGCCGGCGCCCCUGAUCCCCCUGCCCAUUAUCGGCGUCCCGUUUGAGCGAGUGGGCAUGGAUCUCGUGGGGCCCCUACCCAAGUCUGCCCGGGGCCAUGAAUACAUCCUGGUCCUCGUUGACUACGCCACGCGGUACCCCGAGGCGGUGCCGCUCCGCAAGGCCACCUCGCAAAGCAUCGCCAGGGAGCUGGUACUCCUCUUCAGUCGAGUGGGGAUCCCCAAGGACGUUCUGACCGACCAAGGUACGCCUUUUGUCUCGAAGCUAAUGGCGGAUUUGUGUCGUCUGUUGCAGGUGAAGCACCUCCGGACGUCAGUCUACCACCCCCAAACCGACGGGCUGGUCGAGAGGUUCAAUCAGACCCUCAAGCGGAUGCUGCGCCGGGUGGUGGACGAGGAGGGAAGGAACUGGGACCUCCUCCUCCCCUACGUACUUUUCGCCGUUCGGGAAUGCCCCCAGGCGUCCACGGGCUUCACGCCCUUCGAGCUCCUGUUCGGGCGGCGCCCGCGGGGAUUGUUGGAUGUGGCCCGCGAAGCCUGGGAGGAGCAACCAUCCCCCUUCCGCUCCGUCGUCGAGUACGUGCAGGACAUGCAAGCAAGGAUUGACAGGGUGGGCCCCAUCGUCCGGGAGCACAUGCACGCGGCGCAGGAGGAGCAGAAGAAGGUAUACAACCGCCCCGCACAGCCCCGGGAAUUCCAGCCGGGGGAUCGGGUCCUCCUGUUAGUGCCCAGCAGCGCCUGCAAGUUCCUCGCCCGGUGGCAAGGUCCAUAUACCGUCCUCGAGCGCCGGGGCCCGGUCAACUACCGCCUGCAGCAGCCCGGUAAGCGGACGGACGAGAAGCUAUACCAUGUAAACCUGCUGAAAAAAUGGGUGGAACCAGCCCUGGUGGUGUCGGCGUUCGCAGCUCAGGACUCGGACCGGGGCGAGGGUACCUUGGUCGGCCUAGGGGAGGACCUCACCCCCGCCCAAAGACAGGAGCUUACCGAGCUGAUCGACCAGUUCGCAGAUGUGUUUUCGGCUACCCCGGGGAUGACCCAGCUGGUCCAGCAUGAGAUCAAGACUCCUCCCGGUGUCGUGGUGAGACAAAGGCCCUACCGUGUCCCCGAGGCUCGACGCCAGGCCAUCGAGGAGGAAGUCAGUCGCAUGCUGCGGGACCACGUCAUCGAGGAGUCCAGCAGCCCCUGGUCCAGCCCCAUCGUCGUCGUGCCGAAGCCGGAUGGGAGCAUGAGGCUAUGCAACGACUUCCGGAGGCUGAAUCAGGUGUCAGAGUUCGACAGCUACCCCCUCCCCAGAGUGGACGACUUGGUCGAGAGGCUGGGGAGAGCCCGAUUCAUAUCGACCCUGGACCUCACCAAAGGCUACUGGCAAGUGGCGCUCGCACCAGAGGCAAGGCCCAAGACGGCCUUUAGCACGGCCACCGGCCACUGGCAGUAUCGGGUUCUCCCCUUUGGGCUGCACGGGGCGCCCGCCACGUUCCAGCGGCUAAUGGACAUCCUCCUGCGGCCCCACCGGCAGGAGGUCCUGAAAGCACUCCGGGCGGCCGGCCUGACCGCCAACCCAAAGAAGUGCCACCUAGGGCUGACGGAAGCCCAGUACCUGGGAUACCGCAUCGGACGGGGAAUGCUGAAGCCCCAACUAAAGAAGAUCGAGGCUGUGAAGGGCUACCCGCGUCCGACAUCGAAAAAGCAGGUACGUGCCUUCUUGGGAUUGGCGGGCUACUACCGCAGGUUCGUGCCUAAUUUUUCUGCUGUAGCCUCUCCCCUCUCAGACCUUACAAAGAAGGGCCAGCCAGACCAGGUCAGGUGGACAGCCGACACAGAAAGGGCCUUCCAGGCCCUAAAAGGGGCCCUCACCAGCGCGCCGGUACUCCGCAACCCGGACUUUGACCUCCCAUUCACCGUGUAUACUGAUGCAUCCGAGACCGGGCUGGGCGCCGUCCUCUCCCAGACCUUCGACGGGGAAGAACACCCGGUCCUCUAUAUCAGCCGGAAGCUGUCCCCGGCCGAGAGGAACUAUGCGGCGGUCGAGCGGGAGGCACUGGCGAUAAAAUGGGCCAUCGAGGAGCUGAGAUACUACUUGGCAGGCAGGCACUUCGUCCUCAUAACGGACCACGCCCCCCUGCAGUGGAUGGCCAAGGCGAAGGACACCAACGCCCGGGUAACCCGCUGGUUCCUCGCCUUACAAGACUUCUCCUUUCAGGUUAAGCACCGGGCGGGGGCCCAGCAUGGUAACGCGGAUGGGCUAUCACGACGAGACACCCUCUGGGCCCACCACCGAGCGGCAGUAGGCUCGGAGCUGAGGGGGGGGUACUGUCGCGACGGGCAGAGAGCCGGCGCACACAAGAAGGAAAUCGCUCCUUCUCCAACUGCCGCACCGGCACGACGUGGGCAGCUUCGUGCCGAACAUUCCGCCAGCCGGAAGGACCGCCGUGGCGGGGCGGGACUGACGCGACGCCGGCCAGCGAUUGGCGGACCCAACGGAGAAAUUCCACCACUCAGGCGACGGCGGAGGAGGAUAAAAUGGCGCGCUUCCGGCCGUACGGGGGAAGAGAAGACCGUAGCGACAAGACGGACUCCGUGCGUGUUCUCCAGCGACAUAGCGACUCGCAAUCACCGAGCACGACGGUAACCUCACGCCCCACGCUAAUCUCUCUCUCUCUCUCUCGCUCUCUCUCUCCCCACAAAAGGUGCAAGCGCGGACGAGAUCGCCGGGUGGUGAGAGUCCCACCUACGGAGGACGCCGGCCCGGGAAAACCCUCGCCCCCGUCUCGGGAAUCCCGCCCCCGCCACGAGUAGGCUACACCGUCAGUCACGCCUCCACAAGCCCCGCACUCAUCCCCUCACAACCCACUCACUUCACCCUUGCACCAAUAAACCACCGUUUGUGAACGUUCUUCUGCCUCCUGUGGGUCUGUACGCCGCCCUUCCCCGGGCUAAUUCCUCACAAUAUAUAUAUAUAUAUAUAUAUAUAUAUAUAUAUAUAUUAGAGAUCAGCCGGUACCGAUAACCGAUUAUUCAGGGUGAUAUCGGCCGAUACCGAUAGUUCUGCCUUUUAUGCCUUCUUUUAAAUUAA